CUGUGAAACGUAAAAAAUGAAAAAAAAAGGUUUUCAGCGUAGGCGCAUGGUUAUAAAAAAGAGAGAAAAUGCUUCAUCAUGUAUCUGAAUUCGAGAGAAAUUUAGCCUUAGUAUAAAGUCACGCGUUUGACGCCAUUUCAGGCAUAAACAGCGAAGUUAGCUUGCGUUACGCAUAGAAGUGAUACAGAGCGACAUUGAAGACAUUUUAACGAAUUUUUCGUUUGCCGUACUUAUUUUCCUCAUUGCUAGUAUACUGACAUACUUAUCUUCAUUGGAAAAAUCAGAAAUGGAAAAAAUUGGAAUACUUAUAACUGCGAUUGUAUUCGCCAUGGCGACAAUGGUGCACUGUCGCCCAUCUUCAAGUGUGGACUACCAAAAAGACGAAAUCAAAGGAUACAGACAAGAAGCAGUUUUGCUUCGGGAAGUCCGACCUUGUUUGUCUCGAUUGUAUGAAGUAAAGGCUGACAUUAUUGAAUACGAGGAGAUUAACAGCUACCCACACUACGUUCCUGAAUGCGACAAAGAAGGGAAAAUGUGGCGGCCUUCCCAGUGUGACCACCGUGACGGAGGAGCCUGCUUUUGUGUUCAUGAAAAGAAUGGUUUGAUCGUACAAGGAACAAAACGAGAGAGGAUGUUGAAUAAAGAAGCAUUAAAAUGCGGUAUGAGAAUGACGAAAAACGAUCAUUCAGGAAAUCAAUGUUUCCAUAUGCAAGAUGAGUUCUCAAGAAUGCAAGUCGAUUUUGGGUUGAAAGGUCACACCCCACUCUUCUAUUAUCCCGAAUGUACAACCAACGGAAAAUUUAAGGCAAUGCAACGAAAUGAUCGAUCUGUAUUCUUUUGCGUUGACACUGACACUGGCAGCGUGAUCCCGGAAACGGAAACAAAAGCCAGCAGUACUCCACCUUUGACUGAAGAUAUCUGCAAAGCUUACGACGAAGUUUGGCAACAAUUCAAAGAAUGGAAUGCUUCUCAGGAUGAGGAAAAUGGGUUGGAUGCACCCGUCGAGAAAUUGUCUUGCUCGGCUGAAAUGACUUUUACUAAAUGCGGAUGUUCCGUACCUUGCACCGAGAGAGCAUCAAUUGAACAAUUUUACGAGGAAUGUGUCUGCAAACCUGCUUGCGUUUGUCCAAAGGGACUUUUUGUACUUGAUGGUCGUUGCGUCGAUUUAGAGCAAUGUCAUGAAGAGAAACCCCAAUCUAAAGUACUCCACUCCGAGAAACUUGACGACCUAACAUCGGGAGAUUUUGGCAGAUGGAAAGAUUUCAUGAGAAGAAACCCCAACGCCGUAUUGGAAAAAUACAAUGCUCUUGCAUACCUCGUGCAAGACAGAGCUCUAUAUGCAGCGGGACGACCUGCACUGGACCACAAUCCAGAAAACCCAUUUUUCGUCCGACCUCCCCAAGAAGAAGUUGGAUUUAUCGGAGCUGAGCCAAUCAAUUCUGUAAACCCUAUGCUAAGACAAGUUCUUUCCGAAGGAGGGGACGAAGAGAGAGAGGAAGAAGAAGAAUUUGAAGAAACAGAAAAUGAGGAAAAUACUGAACCACAUGAAGAACUCGAAAUCUUAGAGAGGGAACCGUACUUUCAACUAGAACCUUUGGGAUAUACUGAACCAGAAAUCGAAGAGGAACACUCAGUUACUGAAGAAGAAGAAAUACAGAAUAAUGAAGAAGGGUUUACAACACAAGAAGAAUCUAAUCAAGAGUUCGAAAAUGAAGAAAUCGAAAUUGAAGAUUCCAAUGCUGAAUUUACACCUCUUGAAGAAGAAUCAUAUCCGGUAAUAAAGCAGAUUGAAGAGCCCGUUGAAGAAUAUGGAAGAGAAAUCGAAGAACAACAAGAAUAUGAACAUCCCGUUGAAUCGGAAAAUGUUCACGAAAGCGAAGAAGAAUUGGAACCUGAAAAUGAACAUCCUGUAGAAUCCGAAAACGUUCACGAACGCGACGAGGAAAUUGAACCUGAAAAUGAAAUCGACAAUCGAAUUGUAAAAGAAAACAUGAUUGGUCAUCAAACUGAGUUCUCCACUGUUCCCACAGAUGAACCAGUAACCGAGGAACCUCGACAAAACGAUGCUCCGUGUGAUGAUGCCAUCGACGAGCAAGAUAUACCUUUAGAAUCUGUAAGCAAUCUAAGCGAGGAAGAAUUAGAUUUAGCGGAAAUUAACCGAGUAUUAGCGGAAAAUGGAGUUUCUCCAGCCGUUGAAGCAACAUUUGAAAAGCCGACGUCGAUAAAGAAAUAUUCCGCGGGGAGGUAGAACUUUAGCAAUGUAAAAUGUUUCAGUAUGAAUGAACUGAUAGUUUUACGCUCCAUGAGGGAAUCGAAAGAGAUCGGAGUAGUGUUGCACACCGAUGCAACAAAUGUUGAAUGAACUUGAUAACAGAAAGGAACACGAUCGAGAAAAACGUGUUCCGUUUGUAAUAAGGACAAUUUCAACGUCCUUACUAAUAAGAUGUAUGGAAAGUUAAAAUGAACGAGUUACAAACCAGCAUUGCAGUCUAGUUUAUGGGUUGUAACUCGUUUAAUUUUAAAUGACUUGCUCGCUAAACACUGUGAUUUAUUAUCUGUGAUACUGUCUUCUCUUAUUAUAGAUUAUAUCUCUUUACUUCUAUGUACAUUUUACUUUUUUCGUUUUGAGGCAUUUUGCUUUUAACUAAUCUCUAGCUAAUCAAUUAAAAAACAAAAUGUUGAAAGUCCUGCUACAUUUGUUGGUUGUUGCGCCAGUUUGAUAAAUUUCCACAUUAUUCAAAAAAUAUUCAUCUGAUUUAUUCAAAUUCCUAAACAAAAAUGGCAUCGACUGAAAACCCCACAUUCACCACAAGUAUGCAAUUUGAGCAAUCAUUCGGGUACAGUGUACGAGACAAAAACCAUUUUAAAACAGUUCAAAUUGAAUUUAAUCGUUGGAGAAAUAGUUUUAUACAAACAAAGCCUUUAUCAGAUUCCAUCUAUUCUAUGGACACGUCUGUAUUGUGUGUAAAAUCAAGCCUCAAGGGCAGAACAUGUUGCCAUUAUGUGUGAUAGACAGCCGCACAAAAUAUUUUGUGGUAAAACGUAUACUACCCGUGUCAGUCGCAGCUUGGCUAUAUAAUGUUAUGAUAACCUUUGAAAUCGCCCAAGAUUUGAACAACAGAGCAAUCAUAGGCGGUUCGUUACUUGCAAAAUGUCGAAUGCUUUCAACUUAAUUUCGUUUUGAUUGUGGGAAACUUCAAAGAUAAUUUUUUUAUCUUUUUGAAAUGCUAUUCGAUUUGAAAGACAUGAAAUCUAAUGCAUUAAAAUCGUAUUUGAUAUGUUUACAAGUCUCAAUAUUAUAUUGCCAAAUCUCACAGCUUUGCAUCUAUUAAUAUCAUUUCGACGAUGUAUUUGACAUUACUGAAAAUCAUCUAAAAUUUAAAUCAAGGCCAAUUUAUUUGCUUGCUUCAAUAGGUCUGAAAUUGUGCUGCGCUUUUGAAAAUUUCAGUUUUGAAUCUCCAAUUUGAUAGUUUUGAUUUUGUAUAAAUCGUGUAAAUGAACUUAUUUAAAGGGAAGCAUGAUAAAAUAAACUAGAUAUCCAAACGUCAACAAAUUACAAAACUUUAACUUUUUUCGAUUAUUUCCAAUUCAAGAUUUGCAAAUUGCAAAACUUUUGAUUUAAACAAAAAAUUGGGACUUUGCAGAAAAUCACCCCUACUAGUAUUACUGUCCCAUCGAACGCUAUUCUAAACCAUUUUUCAAUGUUAUUUUCUUUUGCCUCAAUUUUGCUUGUUUAUUUUGACGAAUACAAUAAAAUUUUAACGAAGAAAAUCAAA